GUCACGAUUUCACGCCCUGUCAAAGUCGAGGGGAGUUCAUGCAGAAGUUCAGGCAGAAUAAUAAUGUAGUUAUUGCUCAAAUCAGAAGAUUAACCCGAGUGUGAACAGCUGUUUCUUCUUUCUGCUGCUCCACAUGGCGGAAGUGAGCCAACCCGUUGUUAGUGUUAUCCCUGAUGAUGAAGGGAAAGACAAGUUCAAGAAGAGCAGCGAUGUUGCUUUCUACAGGCGCCAGAUGGAGGGCCCCAACCUGCAGCAUCGAGCUCUGUUGGACACCUUGGUGCUGACGGAGAGGGGGGCUCGCUUCGAACUGUUGGAACCGGACACACAGACCAAACUGCUUCUUUCUGUGUCACCUUGCAAAAAUGACACUGUGAGGAUACUAAUCGAUGAGAUGGAGCCCAUUAAAGCUCGCUACAGAGUUCCAGAUGUGAUUACAGGGGAGCUGCAGUGUGAACAGUUGAGAGUGGAGAGGCGGUCGAAGCUGUGUGUCUCUCUCUCCUGGUCUUCAGGGCGUCACCAGAUCUGCGUUUGGCAUUUCCCUUUCCGUCUGGAGAUCCUGUGUGAGGACAAAGUGAUGGUGACGUUCAACUCCAGGAGCAAACUGUGGUUCGAGACGCUGCAGGAUCCACCAAGGAGAGGGUGUGAGGGAAGAGCCUCUUCUCAUGGCAGUGAGUCACAAGAGGACACAUUAUGGAAAGAGACGUUCAGACAGUUCGUGGAUGUCAAAGCUAAUGGUCCGAGCAGCGUUGGUUCUGAUCUCUCUCUGCACGGCUUCUCUCACGUGUUCGGGCUGCCGGAGCACGCCGACGGCCUCCAGCUCAGAGACACCAGAGACGGAGAUGCUUACCGGCUGUUUAACUUGGACGUGUUUGCGUACGACCUGCAGUCCCGCCUCGGCCUCUCACGGCUCGUGCCGCUGGUACCUGGCCCACAAACAGACAGGACUCUGGCGUGUUCUGGCUCAACGCAUCCGAAACCUUUGUGAACGUCCAUUACAGCUCAUCUGACCACCAGGUAGGUCUUGUAGCUCACCAGGUAGGUCUUGUAGCUCACCAGGUAGGUCUUGUAGU